AUGGAGAACAGAGGCCCCCUGGCCACCUCACCUCAGCUGCUACUGCUGCUGCUGCUGCUGCUGCUUCCAACUCAUGCCCACCAGAGACAGACCCUGGGACAUAUUGUCCCCACCCAGAGGGCCCAGGACCCUCCUGCAAGACACCUCAGCAAUGGCCCAGGACAAGAUCCUGUCACUAUUAUGACCUUUGACCUCACCAAGAUCACCAAACUUUCUUCUUCCUUUGAGUUUCGGACAUGGGAUCCAGAGGGAGUAAUUUUUUAUGGUGACACCAACACUGAAGAUGACUGGUUCAUGCUGGGACUUCGGAAUGGCAGACCUGAGAUCCAGAUGCACAAUCUCUGGGCUCAGCUGACAGUGAGUGUUGGACCUCAGCUGGAUGAUGGGAGAUGGCACCAGGUGGAGGUGAAGAUCGAUGGGGACUCUUUGCUGCUGUGGGUGGAUGGGGAGGAGAGGCUGUGCCUGAGACAAGUCUCUGAGCCCCUGGCCAACAAAGUCCAGCCCAUCAUGAGGAUUGCCCUGGGGGGGCUGCUCUUCCCUACCUCCCAGCUUCGGUUGCCGUUAGUCCCUGCUAUGGAUGGCUGUGUGCGUCGGGAUACCUGGCUGGGAUAUCAGGCCCAGCCUUCAAAUUCUGCCCCCACUAGCCUCAGAAGCUGUGAUGUGGAAUUGCAACCUGGGCAGUUCUUCCCUCCAGGGACUCAUGCAGAAUUCAGUCUCCAAGACAUUCCCCAGCUUCAUGCAGAGUCCUGGGCCUUCUCUCUGGACCUGAGAUUUAAGCUGGCAGCAGGCUCAGGCCACCUCCUUGGUCUUGGGGCACCAGAGAACUCUUCUUGGCUUAACCUUCAUCUCCAAGAUCAAAAGGUGGUGCUGUCUGCUGGUGCAGGGCCAGGGCUGGCUCUGCCCUUGGUCUUGGGACUCCCUCUUCAGUUGAAGCUGGGUAUGUCCAGAGUGGUCUUGAGCCAGGGGCCGAAGACAGAGGUCCUUGCUCUGCCUGCUUUGAGACUUGACCCCCUCCUCAACCUCUGGACCCAGCCUCAGGGUCGUCUCUUCCUGGGGGCUUUACCAGGAGAGAACUCUUCUGCCUCCUUUUGCUUGGAUGGUGUUUGGGCACAAGGAGAGAGACUGGACAUAGACCGGGCCCUGAGCAGAAGCCAGGACGUCUGGACUCAUACCUGCCCCCAGAGUUCAGGCAAUGGUACUGAUACCUUCCAUUAA